CGAUUCUUCAAACGAAAUGGUGGGUUGUUGUUGCAACGACAAGUUUCUUCUCAUAAAGUUGCUGUUGAGAAAAUAAAAAUUUUCACUUCUAAGGAAUUAGAGAAGGCGACUAACAACUUCAAUAAGAAUACAAUUCUUGGUCAAGGAGGUCAAGAAACAGUUCAUGAAGGUAUGUUAAAUGAUGGAAGAAUUGUUGCAAUUAAAAAGUCCAAAAUAGUUGAUGAAAACCAAUUAGAGCACUUCAUUAAUGAGAUUGUGAUUCUUUCUCAAAUCAACCAUAGGAACAUGGUAGGGAUUUUGGGCUAUUGUUUGGAGACAGAAGUGCCUCUAUUGGUUUAUGAGUUUAUUUCUAAUGGAACUUUAUUCCAACUUAUCCAUAAUCAAAAUAGUGAAUUUCCACUUUCAUGGGAAAUGCGUUUACAAAUUGCUUCAAAGGUAUCAGAAGCACUUUCUUAUUUACACUUGGGAUGUUCCAUAUCUAUUUAUCAUAGAGACAUCAAGUCUACCAAUAUACUAUUAAAUGAUAAAUAUAGAGCAAAAGUGUCAGACUUUGGAACAUCAAGGUCCAUUUCCAUUGAUCAAACUCAUUUGACUACUCUUGUCCGAGGGACUUUUGGCUACUUGGACCCAGAAUUUCAAUCAAGCCAGUUUACUGAAAAAAAUGAUGUAUAUAGUUUUGGAGUUGUUCUUGCUGAACUUUUAACUGGGCAAAAGCCAAUUUCAUCUACAAGAUCAUCAGAAGAAAAAAGUUUGGCAACACUUUUCAUUUUAUCCUUACAAGAGUCUCGUUUAUUUGAUAUUCUUGAUGCUCAAGUUGUGAAGGAAAGUCGGGAAGAAGACAUCAUGACAUUUGCUAAGCUUGCAGGGCGAUGCUUAAAUUUAAAUAGAAGAAAAAGACCUACAAUGAAAGAAGUUACAAUGGAAUUAGAGAACAUUAGAGUGUCUGCCCUACAUUUGAAUGUUGAUCAAAAUUUCUAA